GCCCCGCCGCUUCCCGCGCCCGCAGGCCGCGCUCCUCCCGCCGCCGCCUCGCUCAACAUGGCCGCCGCGCUGGGGAGGCUGCUGCGGACCGCGGUCCCCGCCGCCGGGAGGACGCUGACGGCGCGGCCCCUGCCCUGCGUCCGCCGCCACUUCAGCCUCGGCUCGUCUCGGUUCGCUCCAGCGGUUACACAGCAUGCCCCGUUCUUCAAGGGAACGGCGGUUGUUAACGGAGAGUUCAAGGAGCUGAGCCUGGAUGAUUUCAAAGGGAAAUACCUGGUUCUCUUCUUCUACCCGCUGGACUUCACCUUUGUCUGCCCCACAGAAAUUGUGGCUUUCAGCGACAAAGCAAAGGAGUUUCGUGAUGUGAACUGCGAAGUGGUGGCAGUGUCUGUGGAUUCCCAUUUUUGUCAUCUGGCCUGGAUAAAUACGCCACGAAAGAGUGGUGGUUUGGGCAAAAUGAAUAUUCCAGUUCUGUCAGACCUCUCAAAACAAAUCUCCCGGGAUUAUGGUGUGCUGCUGGAAGCACCUGGCAUAGCACUGAGAGGUCUUUUCAUCAUUGAUCCAAAUGGGAUUGUCAAGCAUCUGAGUAUCAACGAUCUCCCCGUUGGCCGUAGUGUGGAAGAGACUCUCCGCUUGGUGAAAGCAUUCCAGUUUGUGGAAACACAUGGAGAGGUUUGCCCAGCAAACUGGACUCCAGACUCCCCUACAAUCAAACCAACCCCAGAAGCUUCCAAAGAAUAUUUUGAGAAAGUGCAUAAAUAAAUACCCAGAUAUGUGGACAAAACUCUUGGUUACCAUAAACAGAAGCCAUUAGGAAAGCAGCUGUGAUUAUCAUUGAUAAUAAUAAAAUCAAAGUUGUCAUUUUCUCAUGUUGAAGAAGAAAUUAAAUGCUGAAAUAGUU